GCAGCUGAAGAAGUUAGAUGAAGACAGUUUAACAAAACAACCUGAGGAAGUGUUUGAUGUAUUGGAGAAGCUCGGAGAAGGUUCCUAUGGCAGCGUGUUCAAAGCUAUUCAUAAAGAAACGGGUCAAGUUGUUGCAAUUAAACAAGUUCCUGUGGAAUCCGACCUGCAAGAGAUUAUAAAGGAAAUAUCCAUAAUGCAGCAAUGUGACAGUCCUCAUGUGGUGAAAUAUUAUGGCAGCUAUUUUAAGAACACAGACCUGUGGAUAGUAAUGGAAUACUGCGGCGCUGGAUCUGUGUCUGAUAUUAUUCGAUUACGAAAUAAAACUCUCACAGAGGAGGAAAUUGCUACAAUAGUGCAAUCAACACUGAAAGGGCUAGAGUACCUGCAUUUUAUGAGGAAAAUACACAGGGACAUCAAAGCUGGAAAUAUAUUGCUAAAUACAGAGGGACAUGCUAAACUUGCAGAUUUUGGAGUGGCAGGACAACUUACAGACACCAUGGCAAAGCGGAACACAGUUAUAGGGACCCCAUUUUGGAUGGCUCCAGAAGUGAUUCAAGAAAUUGGCUAUAAUUGUGUUGCAGACAUCUGGUCUCUGGGAAUCACUGCAAUAGAAAUGGCUGAAGGCAAACCACCAUAUGCAGAUAUUCAUCCUAUGAGGGCAAUUUUUAUGAUUCCUACCAAUCCACCUCCAACGUUCCGGAAACCAGAGCUGUGGUCAGACAAUUUUACGGACUUUGUAAAGCAGUGUCUUGUUAAGAGCCCGGAGCAGCGUGCCACUGCAACACAGCUUCUGCAGCAUCCAUUUGUUAAAAGUGCCAAAGGAGUGUCAAUUCUCCGGGACUUGAUUAAUGAAGCAAUGGACAUCAAGCUGAAACGUCAAGAGGCGCAACAACGUGAACUAGAUCAAGAUGAUGAAGAAAAUUCAGAAGAAGAUGAAGCUGAUUCAGGUACCAUGGUGAGGGCGAGCGGAGAUGAAACUGGUACCAUAAGAGCUGUCAACACGAUGAGUGAUGGAGCCAACACAAUGAUAGAGCAUGAUGGCACCUUGGAAUCCCAGCUGGGUACAAUGGUCAUCAACACAGAGGAGGAAGAGGAGGAGGGCACCAUGAAAAGGAGGGAUGAAACAAUGCAGCCAGCCAAACCAUCAUUCCUUGAAUAUUUUGAGCAGAAGGAGAAGGAGAAUCAAAUCAAUAGCUUUGGGAAGAAUGUGUCUGGUCAGACAAAAAAUUCAUCUGAUUGGAAAGUACCACAGGAUGGAGACUACGAAUUU